AUGGCACAUGCAUCGGACGAGAGGCAGCCGUUGCUGCAUAACGAUACGACGGCACGAACGUACGAUGACGCAUCGAAAGAUCUGGUCGAUUUCGAUCCCAAUGGCGACGCCGAGGACCCAUUGCAAUGGCCCAAUGCUUACAAGUGGAGUAUCGUAGCGUUACUCGCUACUAUGGCCUUUGUUGUAACGUUCACUUGCAUCAGUCUGGUUCCGGUUGCAAGCCACAUCGUCACUGAACUCGACGGCACACCGAGCAAAUCCGCGAGCGUUCUUCUCGUGACCAUAUGGGAGCUUGGAGAAGCUGCUGGACCUCUGUUCAUCGCUCCACUGUCCGAGGUUUACGGUCGAUGGCCUGUGCUAAACGCUGCAAAUGCGUUAUUCGUGGCUGCGACUGUGAUGGCAUCUCUCGCGCCCACCUCGCAUGUUCUGAUUGCCGCACGAUUCUUGACUGGCCUGGCGGUAGCAUCGAACGUACUGAACCCAGCCAUCGUUGGCGACAUGUUUAUCUCGGAGCAACGAGGCACAGCAAUGAGCUUGAUCAUGCUUGCGCCACUUAUGGGAGGCGCCAUUGGUCCGGCCAUCAGUGGCUACAUCGCUGAAAGCCUAGGCUGGCGUCCAGUCCUCUAUGUGUCUGCCGGGCUUGCUUUGUUCCUUGAGUUUCUGUUCUUGGCCUGCUUCCGGGAAACGUUCAAAGUGCCGAUUCUCAAGAAACGAGCUGCCAAGCUACGUGAAGAGACUGGGAACGCCAAUCUAAGGUGUGCCUUUGAGACUGGCAAAGGGCAGAGUAGCCAUCAGAUCUGGGAAUCUAUGCUACGACCUUUCGUGGUCCUUGCAGGAUCUGGAGUGCUGCAGGCGUUGAGCCUAUUCGGCUCGGUCGUCUUCACCUACUUCUACAUAUUCUCAACCACACUUCCGGACAUUCUCCAGGACAUCUACGGACUCUCGCCAUCGCAGACUGGAUUUGCUUUCAUAUCCUUCAGUGCUGGGUCGAUCAUCAGCGUUACACUGUGUAACCAGCUGCUCGACAGAAUCUACAUUCGACUUCGUGAUACAAGAAAAGGCGUCGGCCAGCCGGAGUACCGCCUACCGCUGGUCAUCGUGGGCGCAUUCUUCCUGCCUUUCAUUGCGGCAAUGUAUGGCUGGGUUGCGCAGGCACGCGUUGGCAUCGUUUGGUCUCUGGUGUCGGUCGCAUUGCUCGGUGCCGGGAUUAUGCUUGGAUUUCUACCCGUGAUGGCCUAUGUCGUGGAUGCUUUUGGCUUGUACUCGGCUUCCGCACUCACUGCACUGAUCGUAACGAGAUGUCUAAUGGGCACUUUCCUGCCACUAGCAACGGCUCCGCUGGUCGACCUCUGGGGCUAUGGCUGGGCUUUUACGACACUUGGCGCGAUCACAAUGGCUUUGGCACCUACACCAGUCUUGAUCAUGAGAUAUGGAGCGAAGUGGAGACAGAAGUCCAAGUAUACGAGAGAGGAAUGA